GCUCUCGAGUCUCUGCACUAAACUACACUCUCACUCGAGUCGAGCUCGUUGAAACUUUCUGUUCUCCUGAAGGCCUGUAUGUAGAAGUUUUUAAUAUUAUUUCAGUGUUAAUGUGUCUUUAGAUAACAAGCAGCCUCGAUUAAACGCGAAAGGAUUGUUAUGAACAGAUCCUGAUAACGUUAGUUUAGGAACUGUUUUGUCUGUUGAACAGAAGAGUUUUAGUCUUUGUCUGACAACAGCUGAUUCAAGAUGAGGCCAAAUGAAGAAAAGAAAGAAAAAUGUGGGACCAUCUGUCUGAAAUACCUGCUCUUCACUUUUAAUUUCCUGUUUUGGUUGGCUGGAGGUGCAGUUAUGGCUGUGGGCAUCUGGACAUUAAUUGAGAAGAGUGACUAUAUCAGCCUGCUCUCCUCAAAGAUCUACGCUGUCUCUGCAUACAUACUGAUCGUGGCUGGGGUCAUUGUCAUGAUCACUGGGGUUUUGGGCUGCUGUGCCACCUUCAAGGAGCAAAGACGACUUCUGAGAGUGUAUUUUGUUUUGCUGUUGUGUAUUUUCCUGCUGGAGAUCUUGGCUGGAGUUUUGGCCUACAUUUAUUACCAGCAGUUGAAUGAGGAGCUAAAGGUGAACCUCAGAGAGACCAUGGUUCAGAAAUACAAUCAACCGGAGCAGGAUCAUGUGACAAAGGCUGUGGACAAACUACAGCAGGAGUUUAAGUGUUGUGGGAGUAACAGCUCGUCUGAUUGGAAAGAAAGCGCUUGGAUCCACUCUUCUCUGAGUAGCGGUCGUUUUGUCCCUGAUAGCUGCUGUAAGAGCCCCACUGAGCUCUGCGGAAAGAGGGAUCACCCCUCAAACAUAUAUAAAGUAGAGGGCGGCUGCAUCACAAAGCUGGAGAACUUUAUUCUGAAUCACUUACAGAUCAUUGGUGCUGUGGGCGUGGGCGUCGCCUGUGUACAGAUUGUGGGCAUGUUUGUCACCUGCUCUUUGUAUAGGAGUCUGAAAGCAGAGCCAUACUGAACAGAUAAAGUGCACAUCAUCAUCAAAUCUACUGUAAAACAGAAGGGAGUUGAUCAACGAUGAUCUCAUUUCUCUUUUAUCAUGCAAACAUGUUUACACUAUAAAGAUAAUGCAUUGGUCAUACAUUUCAAGUACUACUGAGCUAGCACAAAAAUAUUUACAUCCUUUUUUCCUUAUUGUUUUAAAGAUUCAAGGGAUUUUACUAACUUAAGCAUGUUUGCUUUGUAUUUUAUAUAAAAAAACAACCAGGUA